UUCCAUCAUUUGUUUAACCACAAACAGCUGAUAACGUUACAGCUUUCGACUUGCUGUCGACAGGUAAAGGUUGUGUUCAGCUUUCUAAUUACAACAGCUGCUUUUGUAUUGUAAUUGUUAAAUUUCUCAAGUACUAAUUAAAUAAGUUUACUAAAUGUGUACGAAAGUGGUGCGAAUUCACAAAAAUCAACGAAAAUGAGCGCCAGACAGCAAAGCUCAUAUCAUAACGUAGUGAAAAGCGUUUGUUAUUGUUGAUAUGAAAAUGAAGUGGCUAUUGUGUUGGCAUAAGAAAUUGAAAAAAAUGCUGGUAGGUUGGAAGCCGUUGCAUUGGUUCAUAUUCAGUGCACUAUGUCUGCUGGGAUUUGGUGUCUAUUGGUACAUUUGGUCAUCGGAGGUGCGCAUUGAAGAGACCUGGAGUAAUGCGAUUAAACCUUUGGGUCGUAUAGCAGCUGCAGCAAAUGGUGGUUCACUGGACGAUUUCGAUUAUGAAGAACAAUUAGUAGUGCUAUAUAAUCGUGUACCCAAAACGGGAUCCACCAGUUUUGUUAAUAUUGCUUACGAUUUAUGUAAGCGUAAUAAGUUUCAUGUCUUGCAUAUAAAUGUGACGGCAAAUAUGCAUGUGCUAUCGCUGCCCAAUCAGAUUACGUUUGUGCGUAACGUUACCAAAUGGCAUGAAAUGAAGCCGGCACUAUAUCAUGGUCAUAUGGCGUUUUUGGACUUUUCCAAAUUUCAAAUUGCGCACAAACCUAUUUAUAUUAAUAUAGUACGUAAGCCAUUGGAUAGGCUAGUUUCCUACUAUUAUUUUCUACGUUAUGGUGAUAAUUAUCGUCCGAAUUUAGUACGCAAAAAGGCGGGUAAUAAAAUUACUUUUGAUGAAUGCGUUUUAUCGAAACAAUCAGACUGUGAUCCAAAGAAUAUGUGGCUGCAAAUACCAUUCUUUUGCGGUCAUGCAGCAGAGUGCUGGGAGCCAGGCAGCGAGUGGGCAUUAAAUCAAGCUAAGUAUAAUUUGGUUAAUGAAUAUUUUCUGGUUGGCGUUACCGAGCAAAUGGAGGAUUUUGUGGAUCUGCUUGAGCGUUCUUUGCCGCGCAUAUUUCACGGUUUCCGGGAACACUAUCAACAUUCCAAUAAAUCCCAUCUACGUCAAACGUCUUGGAAAAUAGCACCCAACGACGAUACAAUAAAUACCAUACAUAAAACAAAAAUCUGGCAAAUGGAGAAUGAAUUGUACGAAUUUGCAUUGACACAAUUCGAAUAUAAUAAGCGCAAAUUGACCGUGCCCGAUAAUAAGCAUUUGCAAAAAUUUAUGUAUGAAAAGAUAAGACCCAAAUGAUAGCAUUUGCGAAAUGCUGUUGCAAAAACGUCAAAAAUGCGCAAAAAAUGCACUAAUGUGUGAAAUUAAAUUAUGUGUGUGUAUAUUUUCUUGUUGUGUUAGCGCACGCAGCUGUUGUCACUUCAUUGUUUGUACACAUAAAGCACUGUUUGUAGUGUGAAACUCCUAUUAUAACAUAGUGGCUAUACACAUUUACUUUUUUACAUGAACCCUCCAAUUGUAGUCAUAUUUAAAAAAAUUUUUUUUUGGUAUUGACUUGUUAGUAUUGUUUGUAUAUUUCUGUUCUUUAUACUUCAAAAAAUUUUGCGCAAUUCUUAUUUAUGCGCAAUAUGCAAAUAAGAACUUUAAAUAUGUAACCACGACUAAGCAAUGACAAUUAUGUGAAGACAGUCGAGUCUAAGUAACCGGAACUGGGCCGGAUUUUUAUCCGGCCAAGGAUUGUCAACUCGGCACCAUUCCUCGAAAUUACUACAGGUAUGUUUUCUGCCGCUAGACAACAACAUAAGAAGACAGUCAUUAUAUUUUUCGUAAGUUAUAAUUUUAUAUGGAUUUUUUUUUUUUUAAAUUUUGAAUUUUAGUAAUUUGGAUUUUGGAAUUAUAAAUUUAGUUUUAUUAAUUUAAAUUGUAUUGUUUUCUGUUUAUGAUAUAUAUUACUAUACUUUUUCAAUAUUUUUCUAAAUUUAUAUACUUUUUGUUAUUUACAUAUGUAAAAAUUUAGGAAAUUUUUUUUUUUUAAAUAUAAUAUAUUUAAAAUAAUUUCUUUUUAAUUUUUAAAAAAAAUUAAGUUUUAUUUAGGCUUGCGAUAUUUUAAUUCAAAAUAAAUGGAAAAAAACCAAAUUUUCAAUAAUUAAUUCCGAGAUGUUGGGCCUAAAAAUUAAAAUAAGGAUUAAAAAUUGAGAAUUUUUGUUUAAAAAUUAAGAAAAUAUUUUUAAUUUCUAAAUUGGAGUAACAAAAAAAAUUUGUUUUACAUAUUAAAAGCCGAAAAGAAACGGGAUAAAAAGGGAAAGAUUUACAUACUUCCUACUGAAACUAUAUAAUUAAAACUAAUUUAAUGUAAAUAAGAUAUAAAGUGUUGAACUAAUUGAAAUUUUAUUGAAAGUAAGGUUUCCUUUUCCAAACCGAAGCAAUAUGGUAGAACACAAAGUACACAAACGCGGAAUAAUGUAAAACAAUUUAUUUAUUUAUUUUAAUUAUUGUAUAAUAUUGAGAUUACCAUUUUUUUUUUGAUCAGGUAUUUUUGAUUUUUAAUUCGUAAAUAGGGAUUUCAGUAAAGUUUUUUGGGAUUACGAAAUAAAAAAAAUUUAAUUCAAAUGUUAA